AUGGCGACCACCUCCAACAUGUUUCUCUACUCCCUGACCAUCCAGCCGCCGUCAACAAUCACCCAGGCCAUCCUCGGCCAGUUCUCGGGCACCAAGGAGCAGCAGAUCAUCACGGCCUCUGGCUCGCGUCUCUCCCUUCUGCGGCCCGACCCCACCCAGGGCAAGGUCAUCACGCUGCUCUCCCACGAUGUCUUUGGCAUCAUCAGGUCCGUCGCCGCCUUCCGCCUGGCAGGAAGCAACAAAGACUACAUCAUCCUAGCCACCGACUCUGGUAGAAUUGCCAUCGUCGAGUACCAGCCCUCCCAGAACAGGUUCACGCGGAUUCACCUCGAGACCUUUGGAAAGUCGGGCAUCCGCCGUGUCAUCCCAGGCCAGUUUCUCGCAGCAGACCCCAAGGGCAGGGCUUGCUUGAUUGCGUCCGUCGAGAAGAACAAGCUCGUCUACGUCCUGAACCGAAACUCCCAGGCAGAGCUCACCAUUUCCUCCCCCCUGGAGGCGCACAAGCCUGGCGUGCUGGUUUUCUCCCUCGUCGCCCUCGAUGUCGGCUAUGCGAACCCCGUCUUUGCCGCACUCGAGACCGAAUAUAUGGAAGCCGACCAGGACUCUUCAGGCCAGGCUGCUCGCGAGGCGGAGACGCAGCUGGUGUACUAUGAGCUCGACCUGGGGCUGAACCACGUGGUUCGCAAGUGGUCGGAGCCUGUCGACCCCACCUCGAGCCUGCUGUUCCAGGUCCCGGGAGGCAACGACGGCCCAUCGGGUGUACUUGUCUGCGGAGAAGAGAAUGUCACCUAUAGGCACUCCAACCAGGAGGCUUUCAGGGUACCCAUCCCACGGCGGAGGGGCGCAACUGAGGACCCCCAGCGCAAGCGUUGCAUUGUGGCAGGAGUCAUGCACAAGCUCAAGAACAGUGCCGGUCUUUUCUUCUUCCUCCUCCAGACCGAAGAUGGAGACCUGUUCAAGGUCACCAUUGACAUGGUCGAGGACGCUGAGGGCAACCCGACUGGCGAAGUUGAGCGCUUGAAGAUCAAAUAUUUCGACACUGUUCCGGUCGCAUCCAGUCUGUGCAUCCUGAAGAGUGGGUUUCUGUUUGUCGCGAGCGAAUUCGGAAACCACCAGUUCUAUCAGUUCGAAAAGCUUGGUGAUGACGACGAGGAGCUCGAGUUCACCAGUGACAACUUCCCCACCGACCCGCAGACCGCCUACGAGCCGGCCUAUUUCCACCCCCGCCCGAACGAGAACUUGGCUCUCGUUGAGGGUGUCAACUCGAUGAAUCCGCUGCUGGACUGCAAGGUUGCGAACCUCACAGAAGACGACGCGCCACAAAUUUACGCCGUGAGCGGAAAUGGCGCACGCAGCACAUUCCGCACGCUCAAACACGGCCUCGAGGUUAAUGAAAUCGUGGCAUCGGAGCUUCCUGGUACGCCAUCUGCCGUCUGGACCACAAAGCUGCAGAGCGACGACCAGUUCGACGCGUACAUUAUCUUGUCCUUCACAAACAGCACGCUGGUGCUCAGCAUCGGCGAGACUGUCGAACAAGUCAGCGAUACUGGCUUUUUGGACUCGGUCCCGACUCUCGCUGUUCAACAACUCGGAGAUGACGGUCUCAUUCAGGUGCAUCCGAAAGGAAUAAGGCACAUUCGGAGCGGCCGGGUGAACGAGUGGAGUGCACCUCAGCACAGAUCCAUUGUAGCCGCAACCACGAAUUCCAGACAAGUCGCCAUCGCCCUCAGCUCGGGCGAAAUCGUCUACUUCGAGAUGGACGAGGAUGGGUCGCUGGCUGAGUACGAUGAGAAGAAAGAAAUGUUCGGGACAGUGACUUGUCUGAGUCUCGGUGAGGUCCCUGAGGGCCGGCAGAGGAGCUCCUUCUUGGCCGUAGGCUGUGACGACCGCACAGUCCGUGUGCUCAGUCUAGACCCUGACUCUACGUUGGAGAACAAGUCCGUCCAGGCGCUGUCUGCAGCUCCAUCGUCCUUGUCUAUCAUGGCGAUGGAGGAUUCGGCUACUGGAGGGUCGACGCUCUACUUACACAUCGGUCUGCAUUCGGGCGUCUACCUGCGAACGGUUCUGGAUGAGAUCACGGGCGACCUGACAGACACUCGACAGAAGUUCCUGGGCAUCAAAUCCGUGCGGUUGUUCCAGGUGACCUGCCAAGGGUCGGUCUGCGUUCUUGCCCUCAGCUCCCGGUCAUGGCUUGGUUAUGCCGAUCCUCUUACUCGAAGCUUUAUGAUGACGCCUCUCGAUUAUCCUGAGCUGGAAUGGGGCUGGAGUUUCAACAGUGAGCAAUGCGUGGAGGGCAUAGUAGGCAUCCACGCCAACUACCUGCGAAUCUUCUCGAUCGAGAAGCUCAGUGAAAACCUGAUUCAGAAGUCGAUACCGCUUACUUACACACCCAGAAAGCUGGUCAAACACCCCGAUCAGCCUUACUUCUACACCAUCGAGGCCGACAAUAACACGUUGCCCCCCGAGUUGAGACAGCAACUCCUGGCGGAUCCAGGUGUCGUUAAUGGCGACUCAACGGUCCUCGCCCCAGAAGACUUCGGAUACCCCAAAGGCCGUGGACGAUGGGCAUCGUGCAUCAAUGUGGUUGAUCCAGCUUCAGACGAACCCGGUGUUACAUACAGGGUUGAUCUGGAGGGCAACGAGGCAGCAGUGAGCGUAGCUGUGGUACCCUUCGCAAGCCAGGAUGGCGAAAGCUUCCUGAUCGUAGGUACAGCCAAGGACCUGAUUCUCGACCCGCGCCAGUUCACCGAGGGCUACAUCCACGUUUAUCGAUUCCAGGAGAACGGAAGGGAACUGGAGUUCAUUCACAAGACCAAGAUAGAAGAGCCUCCGAUGGCCCUGCUGCCAUUCCAGGGCAGACUACUGGCCGGCAUCGGCACAACACUGCGAAUCUACGAUCUUGGUCUGCGGCAGCUGCUGAGAAAAUCGCAGGCUGAAGUCACACCCAACCUUAUCGUGUCUCUCCAGGCCCAAGGCAACCGCAUUGUCGUCAGUGACGUGCAGCAAGGUGUGACGUAUGUCGUGUACAAGUCGGAGACGAACAAGUUAAUACCGUUUGUGUCCGACACUGUCAACCGAUGGGUAACCUCAACCACUAUGGUCGACUAUGAGUCGGUGGCUGGUACCGACAAGUUUGGCAAUGUCUGGAUCCUCCGAUGUCCCGAGAAGGCGAGUCUGGAGGCUGAUGAGCCGGGGUCAGAGGUGCACCUUACCCACGCACGGCCGUACCUUCAUGCCACGCCUCACAGAGUGGACCUCAUGGCGCACUUCUACACGCAAGACCUGCCCACCAGCAUCACCAAGACGAGCCUCGUGGUCGGUGGCCAAGAGGUUCUGCUAUGGGGUGGCAUUCAAGGCACCAUCGGUGUAUUCAUUCCGUUUGUCAGCAGGGAGGACGUGGACUUCUUCCAGAGUCUGGAGCAACACAUGAGGGCCGAGGAUGCGCCGCUCGCUGGGCGUGACCACCUCAUGUACCGUGGCUACUAUGCCCCCGUCAAGGGCGUGAUUGAUGGCGACCUUUGCGAGAGGUACUCUUUGCUUCCGAACGACAAGAAGCUGAUGAUCGCGGGAGAGCUGGACCGCUCGGUCCGGGAGGUCGAACGAAAGCUUUCGGAUAUCCGCACACGCUCUGCCUUCUAG